UGUGACAGAGGUAAGAGGAACAGAGAGAGCUCCAGAAGCAUGCUACGAAUCAAUACGCUUAGAUCAUGGCUCGUCAAGUUAUCGCCUUUAAAUCGGUGGAAUUUGUCUCCGCAAACCCUCACUAAAACCACACUCUCCUUCCCAAAGCCUGGAAUCAAAUUCCAAAACCAUGUAUUCAGCAGUGCAUCCAAGACUUGCUCUUACACCACGUUGUGCGAUUCAUCCAUGAUAAGGAGGGGGCUUUUGUUUCGUCAGCUAUUGGAGAAGGAGUCCUCUACCUACACUUACUUGCUUGCCGAUGUAUCUCACCCUCGCAAGCCUGCUGUCUUGAUCGACCCUGUUGACAAGACAGUGGAGAGGGACCUACACCUUGUUAAAGAGCUGGGAUUGAAACUAAUUUAUGCCAUGAACACGCAUGUUCAUGCUGACCAUGUAACAGGAACGGGACUCCUUAAGACUAAGGUACCUGCUAUGAAAUCUAUCAUUUCAAAAGCAAGCAAUUCAAAAGCUGAUAUUUUGGUUGAAGCUGGUGAUAAAAUCUACUUUGGUUCUCUGUUUCUGGAGGUCCGGGCUACUCCUGGCCAUACAUUGGGUUGUGUUACUUAUGUUACAGGAGAUGGGCCUGAUCAACCACAACCAAGGAUGGCAUUCACUGGGGAUGCCUUAUUGAUACGUGGAUGUGGGAGAACUGAUUUCCAGGGUGGAAGUUCACGUCAACUAUACGAGUCAGUGCAUUCACAGAUUUUUACAUUGCCAGAGGAUACAUUAGUCUAUCCUGCUCAUGAUUACAAGGGAUUCACUGUUAGUACUGUGGGAGAGGAGAAGCUCUAUAAUCCAAGACUCGCAAGGGAUGAGGAAACAUUUGAGAAAAUCAUGGAAAAUUUGAAUCUUCCAUAUCCAAAAAUGCUUGAUGUAGCUGUUCCUGCAAACAUGGCUUGUGGUUUACAAGAUACUGCAGAGCCAGUUCAGGCUGCAUCAUCGAACUAGAUAUAAUCAGAUUAGGUGUACUUGCUUAUACGUUUACAGAACUUACUGGUAGCAGCGGGAGCUCCCAGUAAGGAAGGUAGUAGAGAGAAGUUUAUUGAAGGAAGAAAGGAGGCCGAACAGAAAGCUGGGAUCGAGACAAGAAUCUGUAUACAAACUGAAGCAUGUAAACAUGAUAGUGGAGGGUUGUCUUGUCUUUUCCCAUAUUGUACAUGAAAGCCGGUUUCUCCUCGUUAAGAUUAAUAGAAUUAGAGGUGUCCAUGGACCAGACUGGAUUUUUGAGUAACAAUUACUACAAAAGUCUUUGCCCAAACUAGGCUCCACCCGUAGAAAACUAGAAGUAGAAGCCGAUUCAUGGCAUGGAAUUCAAAACCCAGGGCUGGUUGAAAGGCUGGCAUUUAUGUAUCUAAUUUCUCUAAAUGAUAUAAAAAUACAUAAAAUGUAUGAUAAAUAUAUUUUCUUAGUAUUACUUC